AUGUCGACUCAGCUACUCGUUUUCUGGCUAUAUUUGAGUCCAAUCCUUGCACAAUGGGGUUUCGGAAUGAAUCCGCUAGAGUACAUGAUGAGCCCAUAUGGAAUGGCCUACAAUCCUAAUUACCAACAGAUGAUGAAUCCCUACAGUUCGAUGAUGAAUCCCUACGGUUCAAUGGGUAUGAUGUCCGGUGGUGCUUCGGAUAUGUACGGUGAUAUGAAUUAUCUAUCAAAUUACGGAAUGAUGGGUGGUUAUGGUAUGUAUGGGGGAAUGGGAAUGAACCCAAUGACUGGAGUGACUGGGAAUGGAGCAAGUGGGAGCUCGUGUGGCGGUGGAUGCGGUAACAAUGGAAACAAUAACAAUAUGAAUUUAAACAACAACAACAACAACAAUAACAAUUUGAACUUAAACGAUGGUUACGGUGGAUCGAGCGGGAAUGCAGGCAACUCGCUGGUCAAUCAUGGGAACUCGUUCACGUAUCGAACGAUGUAUGGGAAACGGAGAAAUAACGUUUAUGGUACCGGAUGGAAUAAAGAGAAG